AUGUGUACUUCUUUAGGUGUCUCUGGCAUCAGCAUCGAGAGUCCCGGUACAGUGACGAUGGGAAAGACAUACGCAUUCACGUGCAAUGUGGCUUGCUACCCAUCCUGCAGCUUUACGUGGGACUACAUGGGGAAGACCUUCCAGGGUGACCAGACCGAAAUACCCAUCUUGCAUAAGGGGGAAAGGAGAAAGUUUGUCAGUCACCAAGACAUCACUUUUAGCGAAUAUUCAAAAAUUGAGCAUCUGACAUGUGUGGCCACAAACUCAAUAUCUGGUGCCAGCAUCAACACCACGGUGGAGCUGACGGUCAUCGACCCAAUUUCGGUGCGUGCCACCUCUGAGGCCCUGCCAAUUGCCGGCAAGUCUUUCUCGCUGCAGUGUGUUGGCUCUCAGAACCCAGCCUCCAUUACGUGGCUGAAGAACAAACAGCCAGUGUCAGCCUCCCAGACGGUGCAUUUCAGCCCUGACAACGUCACGAUGACCUUCGGCCCCCUGCUGCAGGCGGACGACGGUUCAUACCAAUGCGUGGUGGCAGAGGGGGAGCCCAUCAUCCAGUCCUCUGUCUACGAGAUGCAAGUCAACUACGGGCCGUCCUCCGUCGUGAUCACCGGGGUCGACACAAUGACUCUGGGAAUGACGUACGAGUUUGAGUGCUCAGCCAGCUGCUACCCCGCAUGUCAGUUCACCUGGAGCUGGGGCGAGGAGACCUCCCCGGGCCCGAAGCUGAUCUUGCAGCUGGAGGAACCAGAGCAGACACAGAACCUGACCUGCACGGCACUCAACCCCACUACGGAGACAUCAGUCGCCGCCCAGAAGACGCUGCACGUCAUUGACGGACCAACAAACAUACAUGUCAGAGGUCCGGCGUUCCUGACUGCAGGAGUGGAAUCCAACUUCACCUGCUCGGCCGACUGCCACCCCUCCUGCAACUUCUCGUGGAUUGUUAGCGCGGAUGAGCAGACGCUCCUCGUCGCACAAGGCAGCACAAUAUCCGUCGAUCUGUCCGCUAACGCUUCCCUCUCAGAUGUCAGUGUGGAGUGUAAGGCCCAGGAGACCCUCUCACAUCUCUACAUUGAGAAUAACCUGCAGCUGCAAUUGGCGAGUUUAUCUAACAUUAACAUCGCCGGAGACAGCGCAGUGGCGAUAGGAAGCGAGUACACGUACAGGUGCUCCGCCGUGUGCGCGCCGUCCUGUGAUUUCACCUGGAGGUUCAUGGGGAAGAUUUUUGAGGGCGAUCAGCUGGAUCUCACUAUUAGUGACUACUCUAAGAUUGAGCCUCUCACCUGUGAGGCCAAGAACACAUUAUCCAACACCACCAUCACCGCCACUGUUAACCUCACCGUCACUGACCCGUUCUCGGUGCGGGCCUCCUCCCAAGCCCCGCCGGUUGCAGGCCGGCCCUUCGCUCUGCUGUGCGAGGGGCCUCAGGAACCCGACUCCAUCACAUGGCUCAAGAAUAAGAAUCAAAUGCUAGCGUCCGAAAGGGUGCAAUUCUCCCCUGACAACACCACAAUCACGUUCAGUUUUCUCGUGCGCGAGGAUGACGGCUUAUACCAGUGUCUGGUGGUGGAGGGGGAGAACCGCACCAUCCACGACAACACGCUGGUGGUGGUGGUUGAGGGGGGAGUCCCCAAUCUGUCCGUGGGCUACCUGAUGGAAGUGAACUACGGGCCGAACGAGGUGCUCAUUGAGAAAGCAAACGAACUGCCGGUGGGUGAGGUGAUGCUGGUUCAGCCCGGAUCCACAACAGAACUGCAGUGUUCGAGCCAAUGCUUCCCCGCGUGCCUCAUCACCUGGUUUUACCAAGGAACGACUCUGUCUACCAACGCCUCCAUAUCCUUCACACCUGUGAUACCUCCGUACGCGGCAGCCCUCUCCUGCAUUGCAUCCAACCCGGUGACGGGGCAAAACGGAUCGGCCAUGACCACGGUGGAGGUGCCCGACGGGCCGACGAACGUGGUCAUCGGCGGACCAGCGGCUCUUGAAAUCGGGGUCACGGCGAGCUUCACUUGCUCAGCCGAGUGCUCUCCUUCCUGCACCUUCACGUGGACCUUGUACGGGGGGACGAUGACGGGCAGCGUGAUCGACAUCACCGUGAACCGCCACGUGUCCAGCGAGUCCAUCAGCUGCCAGGCUGAGAACACCUUCACCGGGCAGACGGCCACGGCUAACGAGACGCUCAGUGUCUCAGAUCCUCACUGGUGCGGAUGUUGAAACACGAGAAGAACCGCACUCAUUCUUCAAGUGCACAUUUUUUCUGAUCUGCUUCAUGCUCGGCAGUAAUGUUCUUAUGAAUACGGCUUACCGUGGGCAUACAGGUGUAUUUACUCAGGCAUUGUUUGAUGGGACUGUGAUGGACUGGCGGGCUGAGUAGGGCGUCUCUCUGACAGGUUCCAACCCCUUGGUGACCCCGGACUGGAUUAGACAGCUAUGAGGAUGGAUGUUGUGUGCUUGACUAACAACUUCUAGGGAUUUCAAUUACACAGCUUAUCUUAUUUUCCUUCACAAUAUGUAGGUCUUGCCAAACAGUGCAGUGCAGUAUUGUGCUCAAUAAACAAUGAACUUCUGUUCCUUUUCUGAUUA